AUGACUGGAUCACGUCAGAAUCAACAACUGUACCAGAAAACUGUUUCAUUACAGAGGACUAAACCACAAUUAACUGAAUUAAACUGGACAAAUAUUGAUCGAUUAGAAUUCAACCCACUUUGGACGAUAAUGUUCUUGUGUGUGAUAAACAUAACCGGAAUAAGUUAUUGUUCAAAACGAAGAGUUAACAUGUGGUAUCGUGAUAUUUCGUUGAUUAGUUAUAGAAGUAAUUUAAAAGAUCGUUUAGAUUUAGCCCUUUCAAUGUGUGAUGUUGAUCAAAAUGGAUUUAUUGAUAAAAAAGAAAUGACAAAAAUUAUCUCGGCUAUUUACGAUUUAAAUGGUGAAACAAAUCGAAAGAAAGAAAAUGCACCGAGUAGAAGAGCGGAAGUAAUCAUUAAAAAGUUUGAUGUUAGCGAAGAUAAUCGUUUAUCGAGAGAAGAAUUCAUUAGUGAAUUCCAAUGGAGUGUUAUGUGUUAA